CAAAAAUCUACACGUUCGUGCAGCCGCAACUGCAUACCACACCAACGACACGUCCUCUUCUGCCACUCCCUUUCUUCUUUUCUUACUGCGUCUUUCAAUUGCACUUUUGCAGUUGUGCUGUGAUCUUUCCCUGCCCGCUCACGACCUCCGCUACGGCAUUGUCGGGAAAAUCUCCCAAUCGAUAACUAGACGAUCGCGCCCCCGGAACUAACUAGAUUCAACGCGCGCGAACACCUCUCCCCAGGGACCACAUUUUUGUCCAUCCUUCGCGACACCACCACCGCGCCUACCACCACCCGCACACCCCACACACACGUACAUACACAAUGGCUGAGAAAGAACGGCAAUCAGGCGAGCAGGAGCGCCCUGCAGAGGUGCUGCCCACAGUCAACCCCGACGCAGAGAAGAGCCAGCCGCCCAAGGCCAGUCUGCACCCAGCAGUCUACAUCGCAACCUGGAUUUCGCUCUCAUCCAGCGUCAUCAUCUUCAACAAAUGGAUCCUCGAUACCGCUGGGUUCCGGUAUCCCAUUGUGCUCACAACAUGGCAUUUGGCCUUUGCGACCUUCAUGACCCAAAUACUGGCCCGAUGCACCUCAGUCCUGGACUCGCGGAAGAAGGUGCCCAUGACGGGCAAGAUCUAUCUUCGUGCCAUUGUGCCCAUUGGACUGAUGUUCUCGCUGUCGCUGAUUUGCGGUAACUUGACAUACUUGUACCUCUCCGUGUCCUUUAUUCAGAUGCUCAAGGCCACGACUCCAGUCGCUGUCCUUAUCGCAUCUUGGAUCUUCGGAGUUGCUCCAGUCAACUUCAAGACGCUCGGCAAUGUCUCCUUCAUCGUCAUUGGUGUCGUUAUUGCCUCGUACGGCGAGAUCCAAUUCAACAUGACCGGUUUCCUCUACCAGGUCGGAGGAAUCGUCUUCGAAGCCACUCGUCUCGUCAUGGUACAGCGUCUGCUGAGCAGCGCCGAGUUCAAGAUGGACCCAUUGGUCUCACUCUACUACUUCGCCCCAGCUUGCGCCAUCAUGAACGGUCUCACUGCGCUCUUCAUUGAGGUGCCAAAGAUGACUCUGGCAGAUGUGGAGAAAGUCGGAUACCUGACAUUGAUCAUCAAUGCCAUGAUCGCGUUCCUCUUGAACGUCUCUGUCGUGUUCCUGAUCGGCAAGACCUCAUCCCUCGUCAUGACCCUCUCCGGUGUCCUCAAGGAUAUCCUCCUCGUCGUAGCCUCCAUGAUGAUCUUCCACGACCCAGUCUCCGGCCUCCAAGCCUUCGGCUACUCCAUCGCCCUCGGAGGUCUCGUCUACUACAAGCUCGGCUCAGACAAGCUCAAGGAACACUUCGGCGGCGCCCAACGCGCCUGGGCCGACUACGGAGCCCGCCACCCCGCCCUCCGCAAACUCAUCGUCUUCGGCCUCGUCCUCAUCACCAUCUUCGUCCUCCUCGGCGGAAUCUCCCAAAGCGGCUACGUCCCAGCCGAAUACAACCCAGGCACGCUCGCGGGCGCCGCAUCAGAUCGCUUUGCUAAGGGCUGGGCCGGCAAGACGAACGGGUCAUGAAAGAUGGGAUGAGAUGAGAGCGGCAGAAAAGAGAAGAGAAGAAGUUCUAGAGACAAUUUCAUACAGCUGCAAGCAAGGGCAAUAAUGAAGGUUAUCAAGGAAGAGGCGCAUACAACGGAGCAUGACAGACAGUGGGCGAUACGAGGAGCAUUUUCGUGGGAUGAGAUCGCGGGUUCAGCUUUUACCAUCACCGAAAGAUCGGGCAGCUGGAAGAGGAGAGCAGAGCCACUGAUAGACUUGUUUCCAGCAAUUGCGACAGCUGCUGCAUACCAUACACAGGCGCGAGAAGAUACGAAAACGCUCGCAGCGGAGUCCAGCGGUCUUUUUUGGGGAAGUGAGACGAGUAUUUCUCUCUGUAUUUUUGGUAUACCAAGACACAUUUCCUUAAACUUCCAG